UCUUCAAAACCUUUAAGACCUAUAAAAAUGUGUUGCUAUAUCUGAAUUAAUCAGUUUCACUUUCACAUAUACAGGUAUUUUCUAAUACACAGUUUAAUAAAUCUUUUAAAAUUACAAUGUGUAAAUGAAAGAAGAUAGGCAUGAAAAGAACACAUAUUGGGGUCCAAGAUAUAUGACACUUAAGAAUUGGAAGGACUAUUUUUCAGAAAAACCAGGCCCCAGGAUAAUGAAGCAAACUUAGACUUAAGUCAACACUGUUUUUAUGUCUCUUGAUUCAAAACACUUACAGAAUUGAAAUGAUGUUAAAAGUGUCUUUAUUAAACAUUGUUGAUUGCAAUUUUCAAUUGUCAUUUUAUGAUAAACAAUUAUUUUAUAGAACUUAAUGAAAUUUUGACUUAAGUCUGAAAUAGCUUCAUGAUCCUAAGCCCAGGAUAUAUAAAUUUGAGAUAUUUUGUGCAAUAAAGGGUGUUUGCAGAAAGCUGAGGUAAAGAAAUGGUUGAGGCCUAUUGGCUUAGAAUAUUUCUUUUUAUUGCAGAAUGGACAGUUUUAGGCUUGUAUCUGAUUUAAAACAUUCACUCUUUAGUUUUAAGAAUGGACAUUAUUAGUUAAUCUCAAAAUGGAGGACACCUUACUGGACCAAUUGAAGCCCAUUUUCCCGAACUUGACAGAGGAAGUGAUACUAAUCAGCAUCCGGCACCCCAGUAACAACACUGACCCUUUGUCCCCACAGUCGGUGUUUAUGAGCUGUAUCGAUGAUCUCCUUCAGCUCCGCACAUUCUCUUUGGCCUCGGCGGAGCCCCAGAAAAAACAAACACUGUGGUCAGAUGAUGAUGAUUCUCUUUUGAAAGCUGCAGAGAAAGUUGAGAAAGAGUUAGGUUCCUCGACUGAAUCUAAACAGAAGGCCACUGAUACUAAGAUCCAGCCAAAACAAUUCACAAAUACCAAGGAAGCAGACACAAGUUUAAAACAACUUCCAUCAACCAGUGCUCAGCCAAAACAGUUAACAAACACCAAGGCAUCGGACACAAGUUUAAAACAACUUCCAACAACCAGUGCUCAGCCAAAACAGUUAACAAACACCAAGGAAGCAGACACACGGUUAAAACAACCUCCGUCAACUAGUGCCGUUUGUAACAGUGGUAAUCCGAGUAGCUUAUUGUAUCAGACUGCAAAGAAAGAUGUGAUAGACUCUGAGGACAGCUCCUCCAAUGAUUCUCUGCCUGAUCCUUGUUUAGGUACAAAGAAACCUCAGACAGACCCUAGUAUCACUACAAAGAAUUCUAAACCAGGGUUCACCUCAUCAACUAGUGCUCACAUCCACAAUCCAAGCAGUCAAGCAUGGUCAUCAUCCCCAUUGCCGUUGCAUAAACGGAAAUGGAAAAUCCCAACUGGUUCUCAUUCUGCUGGGGUUUCAUCGAAGGAUAUUGAAGGUCAGAGAACCAGAUUCCAUUCAGAGCCAUCGGAACCGAUUUUUUCAUUGAACAAAGCGGUGAACAUUAAAGGAAGUCUAAUAAAACCAGCCACUUUUUCCCCGACUAAAUCCACCGAUGGAGCUGUAAUGAGCGGGCUCAAGAAGGGAACCUUAAUCAAACCAGCAGUCUUCUCAGGAACUCCUAACAAAAGCAAUAACUCAGUGUCAACAGACACCAACAUACCAACAAAACCUUUUGUACAGGGGGAUAAUCAAAAUUUGUUGAAUGAUGAGAAAAACAAACAACCAAAAAGUAUUACAACGAACAGCAUAAUAAAACCUGCACAUUUCUUACCCAAACCUGCACCAAAUUGCUCUGUGAACAGUUCUAGUAGUACAACUAACAAAUGUUCAGUGGAUUUACCCAGUGAUAGCCAAGCAAAUAGUCCCUCCUCUAAAACUUCAAAAUGUAUUUCAUCUGGAGAUACCAAUGCAAAUUACAAAAUCACACCAAUUAGUGCUUCAAACGUAUUAAAUAAAGAUGAGGGUGCAGAUUUUCCAAGCACCAGUAAAAUUCUGGAGACUAACCGACCCGCUGGUCUGGAAAAUUGGAGGUAUGUGUGUGUUCAAAAAGAUAAUGGACUUCUGGAUGAUGAGCAGAUUUACAGGAAUGAAAUCUUGUCCAAGUCUGGAGAGGUAAUGGGGAAAAUCCAGGAUGAGAGAAGGAAGUCUUUAGUCGGAAUGAAUACACCGAAAAUUAAUGUCAAAGAACUUACUCCAGGGACAAGCACUAAAACAGUCUUGAAUGAUCCGGUCAAGGCAUCCACUGCUCAGGCCAAAUCCAUUCAUGCCUCUGUGGAACUGGAGAAGACUUCACUUGGAACUAGCUCAAAACCUGACAACAAAGUUCCAGAGAAUGCAGCCACACCAGGGACCAGUUCAAACUCUAUUAUCACAUUAUCCACUCAGGGCGCUAGAUCGAAAGUCUCAACUCUCAGCAAUCCCAAGAAAAUGUCGAAAAUAAAUGCAGAUAAGGGGGAAAAUAAGAGAGAAGAUGGAGUUUACAAUGAUUCUGUUGAUAAAGAGGAUGAGGAUCUACCCAAAUUUGACUUCCUUAAAACAGCUAGAAGACACACAGAUGUUUCAAAAGUGCAGUCUUUAAAUGUGAAGAGAACAUUGGUGACUGACAAUAUGGCAGGUCCAAGCAGGUCAAAAAGUAAUUCAGGUGAAACGGUGAAGGGGAGGCAAAGAGUAAGGACUAAGGAUGAGGACCUAAUUAUUGUAGGCCAGAAGACUGACAGAUUACCUGAUGUGAUUGACAUGACUGGCAGCUCUCAGUCCUCGGUUGGCUCCCAGGACGAGAGUGUUAUCAAUGUGGAGGUCCUGCCAGAUGUGGUGGACAUUACUGAGGAACCUGUGGAUGUGGUGCCGGAUGUUUUUGAGAUCAAUCCAAUCAACGGAAAAGUAGAACCUAAGAAAGCGAUUCAUCUGGACCAUGAAUUAGUUAAGGUUGCUAAACCUGUGAACCAGAUUAGGAAGAAAAUGCCAGUGUCUGAGACUAUAUCUCUGCAGAACAGGAAUACAGCUCCACAAGCAACACGACCUACAAUGCAGGUCCAGCAACCUCCAGCAGCGACAAAUGCUGCGGUCCCAAGGAAGCCGAUUCCUGCCACAAACCAGCCACCCCUUCCCAGCAUGGAGAAGGGUCCGGAGGAGAAGCUAAGUGACAUGGUCAAUGAGGUGCUGAUGAUGUUCCCUGAUGUGGAUCCAUUGUAUGUUAAAAACCUGCUGCUGAGGUACAUAGGACCAGAGGCUCUGAACAAUGUGUGUAACCUACUGCUGGAGAAUGCUGACUACCCCCGGGUCCAGAGGGACGCCACCUCUACAGUGUCCGUAGAACCGCCACCGAAAAAGAAAAGUUACAAGAACUUUUAUGAAGAUUUCUCUGAGCCAGUGACAGAUUUUUUUUAUAAGAAUAACUGUGAGCUAUUGUUGCAGUCCGAGUUUAAAAUGAUCUCAGUUAAGGACAUUAGGGUUUUGGCAUCACACUUCAACUGGCAUUAUGCUCCCAUGCACAAAGCUUUGUCUCUGAUUGUCAAAAAAGGAAUGGAGGAUAAAGAAGAUAAAGGGAAGUUAUCCCUGUCCCAGGCUGUCAUUGUCUGCGAGAUCCCCGUUGGUUCUGAGAAGAAGUCGAUAAAAGCCACCUGUCUGAAAUGUCCGCGGGCUGUGAAGUGUUCCCUCAGUGGUCUCCCUUCGGAACUUUCAGAGGAGUAUGAGUUUGUCAAAGAAAAAAUCCUUGAGGAAGCAAAGGACGAGGACAUGAAGAUCGCCCAGCAGAUGAACGAGUGUGAGUAUGCUGAGCUGGGUCAGCUGAUCGAGUGUGGCUGCUGCUUCUGUGAAGUGGCAUUCGACAACAUGGUGCAGUGUUACGAGGGGCAUCUCUUCUGUGAAGACUGUCUCAAGAACUACGCCAACGAGUCAGUGUUUGGCCAUGGAAAGACUUCUUUGCUGUGUAUGUCAGAUGGCUGUGAUGCAUCCUUUCCCAAAAGUCAAUUAGACAAAGCCCUCCCUGCCAACAUUUUGGACAAGUACAAUGACCGUGUUCAGGAGGAGAGCAUCAACUUGGCUGCUCUAGACGACCUUGUGAGGUGCCCCCACUGUGAUUUUGCUGCGUUGCUGGAUCCCAGUGUGAAAGUUUUUUCUUGUCAAAAUACGUCCUGUAUGAAGGAGACUUGUCGGCAUUGUAAAGAAGAUUGGAAGGAACACUUUGGGAAGAGAUGUGACGAAAUUGAGAAGAAGGACGAAGUCAGUCUGAGGAUUAAGUUUGAGGAGAAGAUGGCCAUGGCAAAGAUUCGAAUUUGUCACCGAUGUAAAGCAAAGUUCAUGAAGGAGGAGGGCUGUAACAAGAUGACCUGUAAAUGUGGGGCAACCAUGUGUUAUGUCUGUCGUAAACCAAACAUUGACUAUAAGCACUUUUGUCAACAUUUGAGAGAACCCAAGAAACCCUGUAACAAGUGCACCGAUUGUUUCCUGUGGAGUAAAGCAGAGGAGGAUGACGAGAGGGCAAUAGCAGAGAUCCGCAAGGAAUGUGAAGCACUCAGAGUAGAAAAAGGUUAUUCAUUAGAAAAAUUCAUUGGAGCACCAGAGGAACCCCCAAGUAAGAAAAUGAAGGUAAAGUGAGAAUUUCUGAGAAACAGAGAGCAAUUGAGGACCUUCAGUGACAAUGGUGAGGACACUUUUAUUUGACAGAAAAUAAAGUGAGGACUUGUGAUAGAAGAAGAUAGAGGACCAAGUUCACAUUUACAGAUCAAAAGGAAAAUACAAUUUUGACUAAAGAAUCAGAUUAGUAAACAAUAAAAAAUGAAGAAGGGAGGAUAUAUUUGAAGUUUAGAAAUCAAUUGCGAGGACACCUGCAUAAUAAAUUUUUAGAGGUUACAUAUGUGACAUCAAUUGAUGACAACUAUAACAAAUCUUGAGGAUACAUUUGUAACAUCAAUUGAAGAUACAUGUAACAAAUUUAUUGAGGAGACAUUUGUGACAUCAAUUGAGGGUACAUGUAACAAAUUUAUUAAGGAGACAUUUGUGACAUCAAUUGAGGAUACAUGUAACAAAUUUAUUAAGGAGACAUUUGUGACAUCAAUUGAGGACACAUAUGUAACAGAUAAAUUGAGGAGACAUUUGUGGCAUUGAUUGAGGAUACAUGUGACAAUCACAUCAGUUGAGGACACAUAUGUAACAAUUUGUGUGAGGAGACAUUUAUGACUUUCAUUACAGACACAUCUGUGACUUUAAAAUCAAGGACACAUAUUUACGGUAGAAACAAAAGUUGUUUGUGACAGAGGGUGAACAGAGAACACACUGGAUACAAGAAGGUAAAAAGAAGACACUUGUUACAGAGGAGAGGUUUCAUCCAUUAUAUUUGUAACAGUUCACACAGACAGCAACUGAAAGCAGACACUAAAUACUCAUAAUACAUCAUUGUUAUGUCACUUUUGGAAGAUGGAAUUGAUGACAUAUUGAUGUAAAAUCAUAAUAUGGCACUUCUGAGCACAAUUCAAUGACAGAUUUCUCAUUUUUCUAUGGAGGAGGCUAUAUCAAAAUUAUGUGGAGUUCUGUCACUAAAUGGCAUGAAAAGACAGUAUAUAUUUUUGGUUAAAGGAUGAUGUGAGGUUUUGUUACAAAGAUUUUGAAAAAAAUUCUGUGUAGCAAAAAUUCUUAACAUUUCGAAGUCAAAAUCAUACAAGGUUUAGAGGAAAAUAUUUUUUCACUAGGGUAUCAAUAGGGUCUUAAAAUUUAAUUACCUGUAAAACUGAGAGAUACAUAUGCAUGUACAGAAAAAGCUACUUUAAGGACAACAGACCUACUUCACUUUGUAUAGAUAGAUAUAUCACGCACUUAAAAGAAGUGAUUAUGAAAACAUUAAAUUCUCAAUAUUGCGUCACAAACACAGAAACUCAAUGAAAAAUUGUUAUGACCUGAUAUAUAUCUGUUCUAUGUCAUCCAUGCAUACUUUAUUUAGUGCAAGUAGUGGCUGACCUUGCUAUAAUUUAACAUCCUUAAAUAUGCUUUUCAACAUUACAUGCACAACUUUCUUAAUGGGAUGUCAAAGUUGUGUUGUGAGUUUUAUAUUUGCUCAAGUUUUUUAUAACCAUCUACAUAGAUUAGUUAACAAAGCUUGAGCAAGAGACAAAAUAAUUUACAUUCCGAUCCGCUUCAAUACUCAAAUUGAAAAUAGAGUAAAACCAUCCCUGUGCUCAAGCGUUGAAGUAUUUAAUCAUUUAAAAAAAAAACCUUUAGCACAUUCUUAUAGUUGUUUUUGUUGCAUAAAUCAACCUUGAAAUGAUACACAUAAUAAUUUUCUUGGAGUUUGCGCAAUACUUUUUAUGAAUUUUAAAAACGAAGGAAAAAUACUGACUCUUUCGCACUUUGGCAUGUGCCCCUGUAAAAUCAAAGUUGAUGACUUGGAAAUUUUUUAAAUGAUUUUAAUUCAAAAUCAUCAUGUAAGUACAUAUAUGAUAUUUCAAUUUGGAUUGAAAAUCUGUUGCAGAAUUUUUUAAACACUAUUUUUUCCUCUAACAAGGAUGCUUUUCCCCAUUAUGUUUAAUUGAAAAAGAGCAGUAACGCAGCCAAUUUUUGAAAUGGUCUCGACAAAUAAAUCUAAUUUAAUUUUUAAAUUAUGUUUUGAUUGAUUUUUAUAUAUCUUUAGUAACUAUAACUCAUAUAACGUUUUCAUGAAAAUCACUAUUGUAGAAGUGAAUUGGGUUCGUCGUCCUUAAAUGAAAUUGAACAUAUUUCUUUUGAAUGAAAUAAAAUUCUAGUUUUAAAAAAAAAAUCUUGAUAGAGACCUUGAAGAAGUGAAUUCUGGUUCUUUUUGAAAUUUAAAUUAUUAACAAAACAAGAUGGCUCAUUUUCCCUUUGUCAUUAUCAUGCCUUUUAUUCUUAUUAUUGGUUCACUCCAGAAUUGGUUUGAUGUAUCAGUUUCAUAUUGUUAUUGAAUACGAUAUUUCUUAGUGUGAUCCAUCUACUCUCUGACACACUUCUAGGACAUACAUGUCUUAUAUCCCUCAGAGCAAAGCUGCCAUAAAAUUCUUGUGUGCUGAUUUAUAAUUUUUUCUAGUCAUGUUACAGUGUUUGAAUGAUUGCUUUGUGGGUAUGCUUUUUGCUUGUGCAGAAUUUUUCCUUGUCAAGCUGUUAACUCACAUGGAGGAUUUCUCAGUUACUGCAUGUGGUGUUUCUGAUAAUAAAACUACAGGAGAAGACAA